AUGACAAAUCCUCAACCUAAUUUCCCCCCUAAUUCAGUUUCACAAAACCUGCCAAACUUACCUCCAGUUCAGGCCCCUAAUCGGCAGCAAGAGACUCUUCAAGCUCUAUUAGCCUUAGCUACCAGUCUAAAUCCUACUAAGAGUCAAAUGGGCAAACGAGACCCCCAACGAUCUAGUGGUAACCUCCAUCCUACCAAGAGAAGAAAAGAAAAAUUAGAGGAAAAGAGAUUGGAGGAAGAAACUUUGGAGCAAUUAAUGGAGGAAGAAGCAGAUAAAGAAGAAAAAGUUAAUAAUUACCCUGAAGUAAUUGCAGAUUCAUCAAUUGCCCUGUUGAAGCCCACUAAUAUUACUUACAGCCAACUCUUUCGGAUCGCCUCUGCAUUACAAGGUGAAUUGGCGAAAAUAAAGAAAGGAAAGAAUAAACCUGUUAAUGUCAAAUGUCAUUAUGAUGAAGCAGGAAAUGCUUACCUUGAAGAAGAAAACAUCCAACCUGAUCUCUAUAGAUGUAUUACAAAUGCUCUUGCUAUCGAAUCUCCCAUUUGUGACCUCUUCAACUAUUAUUACGAAGAUCGUCAGGAUCCUUACCAGAUUGGAAGACUAGAGUCUAAGCAGCAUUUUCAACUCCAGCAAUUUUUAAGAAGUUGGACUAACCUGGUGAAGCAUCAUAUUGAUACCAGUGAUGCCCUUCCAAUUAAACAAUAUCCCUAUCACCACUCCCCUGCUAAAAAAAAGAUAAUCCAGGAAGAAAUCAGCUAUAUAAUUUUAUACGGCAGUAUUCAUCCCU